AUGCUCGGACAGGGAAACAAUACUACAACGCAUAUCGUGGCGCCGGCAUGCGACAGCAAUAUGACCAACGUCCAGUGGAAUUUCGUCGCCGGUCUCCGUCUGUUCACGUGUACCGCUACUUUCUGGCUGAGUCUGGUGCUGUUGGCGGUGUUCCUGGCGAAACGCAUGCUACAGACACCGUUCAACAUCUACUUGAUCAAUCUGCUCGUGGCGAAUCUUCUGUAUCUUGCGCUAUCGUCCUUCCACGGUGUAAUCCAGUGGAUCAAAGCAAAUUGGUGGGGCGGCUUCUGGCUGUGCAAUAUCUACAAAUACGGUAUUAUCACGCCGUCGGCUUGUAUGAUCUGGACGGAGGUCCUCAUCACGGCGAACCGGGUGUGGGCCGUGACCUUUCCGCAUUCCUACCGGUUCCUGCAUACGCGUCGUCUGGCGGUCGGUACAUGCGUGGCCAUGUGGAUGGUAGUGCAUGUGGUGUGCGUGCCUUUUCUGGUGAUGGAUGCCUGGUGGUAUUCACUGCCCGGUGAGAUUAACGGCUGCCAUAUCAAUGUUGACCCACAGGCCGUUUAUUCACAGGUGAUCGAAAUAUCCAUGGCAGACCUGCCGAUUAUACUGAUCAUGGUGACAUAUCCGUACUUACUAUGGAAAACCAUCAUGCGGAAACGUCCAAACAAUCUCAAAUCGAUCAAACCGAAAACCAGGGAAUACACGUUUCCCACGUCCUUGCCUGCAAGUGGAAACUGGCGCACCUUUAGCGACGAGAACCGGACAUCCUUCAUCGUCUUAACAUGGCUCACCAUCAGUGUGGUGGUCUGCUUGACGCCAAUGACCCUGGUGAUGCUGGCCGGACGCUUUGUCAACCACGACGUUCCGGUCGCUUUCUACCGGGCGGCCAUUUGGCUGCAGGAACUGCAAGCCACCGCUGAUGGCGUCAUUAUUUUCGUCAUCGUCAAGGAUCUCCGCGAUGCCAUGCUGGAGGAGUGA